AUGUCUCUGCCCACUUGGGCUGACAACGUGGGUUAUGAAGAGGGUGAUAAGCGGGUCAUGGAUAAAUUACCAAAUGGUUAUCCACGAUUCUUGAUCCACAGUAACAUCGCAGGACUCGCGAAUGAUAUUAUUGCCAAGUAUGGAACCCCAAACCAAAGCGCCAUGCUGUUUCCAUCCCACAAGGCUGCCCACAGAUGUCGUAAUUUCAUGCAAGCAACAGCAGAGCUCGGUUGCGCAGGAGAGAUCAACAUAAUUGAUCUGUUUCUCGACAAGGGAAAAGAGGUUUCAGCGAUAACUGCGAAGCUCUCGCCCUCAAUAUCAGCGGUCAUCUUCCGUAAAGAUCUCUUCCCAAUAGCGAAGCAAUACUGGCAACACUCUGGUGAUGGUAUCUCAAGCAGAUAUGCCGAAUUUUGCCAUUCGCUUUUCUUGGAUGGCAAGCUGGCGGACUCCACAUCGCUGCAGCCAACCAUAAAUCAGAAAAGAGGCCCAAGGAGAUACCAAAGUGUAUCGAGAUAUACAACGUCCCAAACAGAAAACAAGGCGGUCUCAGAAGAGCGAGUGGAAAGCGCACAGUUCCUCGAGGAGCGUUUUGGCCGAAAUUUGGAUAUCUCACUUGUCGACAACGCCAAGUUAGCACUCCGUCGACGCAUAGCUGGCUCUUUGGUAGGCGAAGCGGAUCUUUCAGUCGAACCAAGUCCCAAUAUAACCUCCGACUCACGUGGAGUGACGGGACUUUCCGACGACGACGUUUACCUCUAUCCAUGUGGCAUGAAUGCCAUUUUCAGCACUCACCGAAUGCUGCUACAGUCUAGAGGUCAACUGAAAAGCAUCUCGUUUGGCUUCCCCUACAUUGACACUCUUAAAGUUCUGCAAAAGUUCGGCCCCGGGUGUCUUUUCUACGGCAAUGGCUCCUCAGAAGAUCUGGACGACUUGGAAGCGCGCCUGAAGGCUGGCGAACGAUAUUUGGCCUUGUUCUGCGAAUUCCCCGGAAAUCCUAUGUUAAAAUGUCCCGAUCUAAAACGAAUUAAGAAGUUGGCGGACACCUAUGACUUUGGCGUGGUUGUUGACGAGACGAUUGCAAACUCCAUCAACGUUCAUGUCCUUCCAUAUGCAGACGUGGUUGUCAGCAGUCUGACCAAGAUUUUUUCGGGAGACUGUAAUGUUAUGGGCGGCAGCGCUAUUUUAAACCCCGAAGGAAGGUAUUAUCAGCAGUUGAAGAGUGCUUUCGCAUCAAAUUACGAGGACAACUACUGGGCUGAGGACGUUAUGUUUAUGGAGCGCAAUAGCCGUGACUUUGAGACUCGUAUUAAGAAAAUCAACGACAACGCCGAAACCAUUUGCAGCCUGCUUCAGGCACAUCCUCUUGUCAAAGACGUAUACUACCCCAAGUAUAGCCCAACAAAGAAGUUUUAUGACGAAUGUCGGACACCAACCGGCGGGUAUGGUGGCUUGCUAUCUUUUACUUUCCACAAGAAGGCUCAGGCGGUUGCGUUCUUCGACCGUAUUGAGACUGCCAAAGGACCUAGUCUCGGUACAAACUUCACCUUAACUUCACCCUAUGUUCUCCUCGCACAUUAUGGCGAGUUGGAUUGGGCCGCAGGCUUCGGUGUGCCAGCGGAUCUUCUUCGCAUUAGUGUUGGUGUCGAGGAUGCGGAAGACCUGAAGUCACGGUUUGCAAUUGCACUACAGGCUGCUGAAGCAGUUGAUUCUGGGCGAGACCUUUAG